AUUUAAACUUCUAAAUAUACCAAAAUAGAGUGGGUAGUAUAUAUUGGUAUAUUUUGUCAGCACCAGUAUUCGUCCACACCGGUACCGACUUUCUGGCAACACUGGCCAUGUUUAGUUUAUGGCUGCGUAACAUUGCUAAAAUACAAAAUAAAACACAAAUUGGAACAAAAUGUAGUAUAAUUAAUCAACAAGUGCGCCAGCUGCGUACUCUAAGAUCUGUACAAAAUGAAAUUCAAGUGGAGUCAGCAGAGCAGUCGCUGCCACAGGAGCAACGGAUAAAAAGUCACAAAGAGAUUGCCCUCGACUUUGGCAAUCGGGAGGCGCACGUGCCAAGCUUCAAUCUUGCUGCCCAUGUGAACAAUUCAACGACGUUACAACAGUUUAUCAGCCUCGGCGUUGAUCUGCACAGCAUUGAGCGUCGCAAAGGACUCGGCGAUUUUGUGCUGCGCCUUGACUUUGAGAAGGAUGUAAAGCCAUACUUAAGGUUCCUCGCAGAUCAAGGCGUUGCACCUGAUGACUUUGGCCGCUUGAUUACAAAGAAUCCGCUGCUGUUCAAAGAGGAUCUAGAUGCGUUGCAGACACGCAUGGAGUACCUGGAGAGCAAACGCUUCUCGGUUGAGGCACGUCAACGCAUCCUCACCCAGAAUCCAUAUUGGUUGAUGUUCUCGACACGUCGCAUUGAUCGUCGCUUGGGCUACUUUCAAAAGGAGUUUCACUUGAGUGGUCAUGACAUUCGGCUGCUAGCCACAAAAGAACCACGUCUAAUUACCUACAACAUGGAUCACCUGCGCAAAUCUGUGUUUACACUGCGCGAAGAAAUGGGCUUCAGUUCCAAAGAGCUACAAACGCUGAUUGUGCACAAGCCGCGUCUGAUGAUGAUAUCUCCCGACGACAUCAUUGAACGCUUCAGUUAUAUUCACAAUGAGAUGGGUCUAAGCCACAAGCAGAUUGUCCAAUGUCCCGAGCUCUUGGCAUCCCGUGAAUUUCGGCUGCGGGAGAGGCAUGAAUUUCUCAAAUUAUUGGGAAGGGCUCAAUACGAUCCACAGAAGGACUUGUAUGUUUCGCCCAGUGAUAUGGUGCUGGGAAAUAACUUUUAUUUUGUACGAAAUGUGGCCAAAAGUGAUUUACAAACAUUUGAUUUAUUUUUGAAAACACGUUAAUAAAGUUGUUGCUUUAACAGUAUUCUGCAAUGUUAUCAUCGAUGUGGUAACGCCAAUGAGCAAUGGUCAGCAUUAACAGCGUAUUAUAUACUUUUUAUAAUAAAAUAAUGUAAAAUACCAAUAGCUAUUUAUCCAUUUAAGAAUCCCAUUUUAUAAAUAUAAUUUUCAAUUUGAAAAUGUGCAUUUAAAUGUACAUUUAAAAUGCGUGCCAUCUCGGACUUAUGAAUUUUGUUAUCGACAUUAAAAUGUAUAUUUUGGAAAUGUUGAAAGUAAACUUCUUUUCUAAUGAAUAGAAACAAAUUUUGCAAAAAUAAAAAAAAACAUUCGAAUUUACAACAUGUACAUGCUAAAAAGGUCGAUCUGUAAAACACAAAUCGAUUUUUAAAAUAAAUCGAUUUUGCCGUCCAUCGAUGUUUCUCUCCUCUCUUUCUCGCUUUACUCACGCCACUUCGUAUUUUUGUUGUGCUUGCGGAACAACAACAGUCAGUUAUCUUCGUGUUCUUCGACGAAUCGUUUGUGUGUUUUCAACUGCUGCCUUCCAGCAGCUUUCAAAUAACUACGCAUUAGGUUUUUGCAGCGUGUGCGUAAAAGAAAGAAAAUUGUGUAUUAUACUACACUUGAGUUGAAUCAAAAUACCCAUUACUAAUUGAGCUAAAGAAAA